AUGGCCUCGUCCCACCUGGCAGCUCUCGCCUCCCUGCUUCUCCCCUGCCUCCUCGCGCUGCUGCUUCUCCGCCUCGCCGCCGUGCUGGACCCGGACCCCGACGCCGCCGUGCCCCGCGUCAAGGUGGCCGCGCCCCUCCCCCUCCGCUUCCGCCAUGACGGCGCCUUCAAGAUCCUCCAGGUGGCGGACAUGCACUUCGGCAACGGCGCCGCCACGCGCUGCCGGGACGUGGGCCCCGACGGCGGCGGCGCGCUGUGCUCCGACCUCAACACCACGCGGUUCCUGCGCCGGGUCAUCGAGGCCGAGAAGCCCGACCUCAUCGCCUUCACUGGGGACAACAUAUUUGGUGGCAGUGCAACUGAUGCAGCAGAAUCACUACUCAGAGCAAUCAGCCCUGCUAUCGAAUACAAGGUGCCAUGGGCUGCCAUUUUAGGUAAUCAUGACCAAGAGUCAACAAUGACCCGAGAGGAGCUGAUGACCUUCAUGUCUCUGAUGGAUUACUCUGUAUCUCAAGUAAACCCACCUGGUUUCUUGGUACAUGGGUUUGGGAAUUAUCAUAUUGGCAUCCAUGGGCCAUUUGGAUCCGAGUUGGUCAAUACUAGCCUGCUUAACCUUUACUUCCUGGAUAGCGGUGAUCGUCAAGUGGUGAAUGGCGUCAAAACAUAUGGAUGGAUCAAAGAAUCUCAACUCGACUGGCUUCGUGCUACUUCACUGGAGCUUCAGAAAAAAACACAUGCCCCUGCAUUAGCCUUCUUCCACAUCCCAAUCCCAGAGGUCCGAGGACUCUGGUACUCAGGCUUCAAGGGUCAGUAUCAGGAGGGAGUGGCUUGCUCAUCUGUAAAUUCUGGUGUUCUUGGGACCCUUGUCUCCAUGGGAGAUGUAAAAGCCGUCUUUCUUGGUCACGACCAUCUGAAUGAUUUUUGUGGCAACCUCAAUGGGAUUUGGUUCUGUUAUGGUGGUGGCUUCGGUUAUCAUGCCUAUGGAAGACCCCAUUGGCCAAGGAGAGCUCGGAUAAUUUACAGCGAACUGAAGAAAGGGCAGAGAUCAUGGAUGGAAGUUGAAUCAAUCCAGACUUGGAAGCUGCUAGAUGAUGAAAAGCUUUCCAAAAUUGAUGAACAGGUUCUCUGGAGACACAAUACAGAUGAUUCUGACCACAGUGUAUACUUGUGA